GCCCCAUUUAACAAUAGUAAAUUAGUGAUAGACUGUUAGUGUUUACAGUUCAGAAUGUCUGAUAUCAACCCAAACGAAACCAUUAAGGAUUUUAUCUUUUCGUAUGUUGACGAAAGUGACUUCUAUAAGUAUCUUCGUCUUGCCAUUGUUGUAUGUGCCUAUAUAAUUUUCCGUAAGUACUAUGCUCAAUGGGCAGGUUCUAGAGCUACAAAACAUCAACUUGCUCAAGAUGAAAAGGAAAAAUUAAACAAGCCAGAAAAGGAUAGAAAGGCUAGAGAAGAAGCUGAAAAGCAAUUGGAAGAAGAAUCCAAGACUUUUGGUUGGGGUAAACAAACAAGAAAGAAUGUUAAGCUUACUCAAGCAUUCCUUGAAGAAACUCUCCAAGAGCAAAGACAAAGACAUCAAACGGCUUAUGAUAUGGCAGAAGAUCAUGAUAUUGAAGAUUUAUUAGAAGAUUAAAUAUCAUUAACAUUGUCAUUAUUGUCAAUGUCUCUCUUGCCUGUUUGGCUUACAAAUACCGGAUGGUGGCUCAUAUUAAAAAACUUUGGGUGGGUGGUCAAUAAAAGAAAAACUUAUAUAGAAUCUUUACUAUUAGGCAAACGUAUAUAGUACCAUUAUAUGUAUAAUUAUAGUAUAACUUAAACUUUAUAAUCCUUAAAUUCAAAUAUCGAACUAUAUAUGAAUUAUAUAUAUAUCUAUA